AUGAUCAAGCACACAAUCAAUCGCCCCCACUCCUCUGUGCUUGCGAUUGUGGCCCUAGAGAAGGCGAUUCAGUGUGGGGAGGGGAAGAACCUGCAGAACGGCGUCAUAUUGGAGAAUGUAUCGCAUGGACAGCUCCAGGCGCUGUCAGCCGUGCCGGCGGAUAGUCCGGCGUCGGCCGGCGAUCAGGGGUCUUCUUUCACGGCCGCGUAUGUGAUUACGCCGCCUCCGGUUAUGGAGGGUCGAGGGGUUGUGAAGCGUUUUGGGGCUAAUCGAGUUCAUGUUGUUCCAAUGCACGCAGAUUGGUUUUCGCCCAGUACUGUGCAUAGAUUAGAGAGACAAGUGGUGCCACAUUUUUUCUCCGGGAAGUCAGCUGAACAUAGGCCAGAAAAAUACAUGGAAUGUCGUAACUGUAUUGUUGCCAAGUACAUGGAGAAUCCAGAGAUGAGACUGUCAGUUGAUGAUUUCCAAGAAUUGGUAGCUGGCAUUGAUAUUGAUGAUUUAACACGAAUUGUUCGGUUUCUUGAUCAUUGGGGAAUCAUUAAUUACUGUGCUUUUGCUCCCAAUCGUUAGCAUCGGAGUGAUGGUUCAUAUUUGAAGGAAGAUUCAAAUGGUGAGGUUCAUGUGCCAUCAGCUGCUUUGAAGUCCAUUGAUAGCUUAAUUCGGUUUGACAAGCCCAAAUGUAGGCACAAGGCAGCAAGUGUUUAUCCAUCAUU